AUGGCCACUGAAAUACAAAAUCAUAUCAAAGGGUUUCUUUCGACGGCAAAUAUUUUACAGAGGGCGAGAGGAAGAGGGUUGCGCGCCGCCGAUCUUAACCGGAACAACCACUACGUUUGGGAUAAACCACUAGAACAAGUUAAAAGAAUGGGGCGUGUGCGGACCAAGACUGUUAAAAAAUCCUCCAGGGUAGUAAUUGAGAGGUAUUAUGGUAAAAUGACUCUGGACUUCCACACAAACAAGAAGAUUCUGGAAGAAGUUGCCAUCAUUCCAUCAAAGCGACUUAGGAACAAGAUUGCAGGAUUCUCUACUCACUUGAUGAAGCGUAUCCAGAAAGGACCAGUGAGGGGAAUCUCAUUGAAGCUGCAGGAGGAAGAAAGAGAGCGACGUAUGGACUUUGUUCCUGAUGAAUCAGCCAUCAAGACUGAUCUGAUUGAGGUUGAUAAGGAGACCAUUGAAAUGCUUAAUGCUCUUGGCAUGGGUGAUCUUCCUGGUGUUGUUAAGGCGUCUGUUGAGCCACAGGCUUUGCCAUCUGUUCCUGCUUUUGGUAGGGGUGGGGGUGGUGGUGGUUUUGCAAGGAGAUAUUGAAAACAUUAUUUGGGUAAUCUUCAUUUUAUUGGAUAAUUUUGUUAUGGGUUUUGAUCCAAGGUUCAUGUUUUUUGAAAUGUGUUGCUGAGACUUGGUUUAAUAGUAAGGCCAUGAAGCCUUAGUUGGAUUUUUGAUAGGCAGAAUGGGCUUGUGGUUCUUUCGUUGUUUGUAGCUUCUUUGGGUUUUCAAUGGCAUUUAUUUUUUAUUCAGUUUGAUUUGUUAAUGAGUG